AUGCUUAAAGACUCUACAACAUUUAUAAGAAUCGAAAUUGACUCAAAAGUAGAUGACGUUAAUUUUGGUGUAAAGAAACAAAAUUGUCAUACAUUUCUUCUGGAUGAAGAUGACGAAUUUCUGACUGCUUUGUUGAAGCCAAUAGCAGAUGUGAAUGACAAUUUGAAGGAAGAAGAAAUUGAAAAGUUACCAAUUAACUUGCAGUAUUAUGAAGGUCAUCGAUGUCAAGAUACAUUAAUUACUGACAGUAUUGUUGAUUCACUAUAUCAGCUACAAACAUUAAUAAGAAAUUAUGUAUCUGAAACUCUUUUUGGUUAUCACGAUACUUAA